AUGAGCGACGAAGAUGUAGUGAUAUUGAAGUCAAGAGACUGCUUUGUUGUAGGAAAGAAGUUGAGCACUGUAAUUGAGAAUAAACCUUAUGCAGCGUUCUGGAAGAUUCCUUAUGCUGAGCCACCUGUGGAUAAAUUGAGGUUUAAGCCUCCAAAGAAAUAUGACGCGUGGAUCGACGACAUUACGUACGACUACAGCAAGCCUUAUAACGAUACUUGUUCCUCCGGCCUCACAGAGGAUUGCCUGUACCUCUCCCUCUAUAUGCCUCUCAUAGAACGCCAGACAAGUAACCACACCGUCAUCGUAUGGAUCCACGAGUACUCCAACCUACAUGAACCGGACUUCCUCAUAGAUGAAGGCGUUUUAGUCGUAACAGUGUCUUAUAGAACAUCUAUACUCGGAUUCCUGAAUACAGGUGAUGAGUUUGCUCAAGGAAAUAUGGGAGCCAAAGAUGUACUUAUGGCGCUCAAGUGGAUUAAAGAUAACAUUGGAGUGUUUAAUGGAGACGUGAAUAAAGUAACAAUUGUAGGAUCCGGACAUGCUGGGACAAUUGUUGCCUCCUGUCUUUUGUCCACCGCAGCCGAAGAUUUAUUCAACAGAGCCAUCAUACAAAGCGGAAGCGCUCUGUCACCUGCCGACUACAGAAGUUACAACUUCGAAGUCUUAGAAAAAUUGUACUGGAAGUUAAAAGGAAACAAAGAUUUUGAUACAGACGACCUUUAUGAAAUUUUAAGCAACGCUAGACUGAAAGAUUUGACAAAACUAUCUGAGAAUUUGUUCGACAGCUCCGAAGUUAGGGAUCGACAAAGACUUAUCAAUUCAUUCGGGCCGACUGUCGAGCGUCACAACAAAAACGUUUUCAUGAAUAAACCCCCAUUGGCAGUGUACAAAAGGCGAAUGGCCAACAACAACGUCGAUGUAAUGAUGGGCUAUACGAACCUCGAAUCGAUUUACAAAUUAAAAGGUUUUGUUGAAAACAAAAAGCUUUUAAAGUAUCUCAAUUAUAAUUUCCAAUACUUGCUGCCGUUCGAGGGGCGGGUUGACGAGUUUGGGUCGGAGCGAUACAUGGAGAUAGCGAGGAGGAUAAUGGAUUUUUAUUUCGCUAAUGGAACGAUCGGGGAGCACAGUCUGAGACGAUACGCGAAGUACGCAUCAGAUCAGGUUAUUUAUCCUCUUUUGAGGCAAGCGAGGUUACACGCGGGGGUAUCUUGUUCUAAUGUUUACCUGUAUAGAUUCUCAUUCAAAGGGCUCUUGAAUCUCGGCUGGCAGGCUGUAAACCUGAAUUAUUCCGGAGCGACGGCCGGGGACGAAAUCUGUUACCUAUUCAGAUGUAAAUCAGUAAACGACGUCUACAGGAGUGCCGAGGCGACGAAUGAAAGACAGUUCAUUAAGAAAAUUGCGAGGUUAUGGACGAAUUUCGCUAAAUGCGGAAACCCAACACCGGAUGAAGAAAACGAUAUAUUAGGAGACUUGCAGUGGAAAAAUCUGAAAAGUGAUGGUAAACUGAGGGGUUUGAGCCUAGGAAAGAAGAUUAAAAUGGUUACGGUCCCAGAGCAGAAGAGAGUUAAGUUCUGGGACGAGCUGAAAGAAGAAUUCUUUGAAGAAAGAAAACUGCAUGAAGAACUUUAG